UUGGCCAAUCUCUUCUCCCAGAGAGAAAAAAAAAAAGUAAAUCAAACCUUGGAGAAGCAUUUGCUGGUUGAAGUGCUUUCGGUGUGGUGAGGGGGUCUGUGGAUUUCUAGUUUAUGAUAAACAGGACUGUACAGCCCAGGGACGGGAGGGCGAGUGUGCAGGUUCUAGAACUAUGCAGCUGGAGCACUGCCUGUCUCCUUCUAUCAUGCUCUCCAAGAAAUUUCUCAAUGUGAGCAGCAGCUACCCACAUUCAGGCGGAUCCGAGCUUGUCUUGCACGACCAUCCCAUUAUCUCGACUACUGACAACCUGGAGAGAAGUUCACCUUUGAAAAAAAUUGCCCGGGGGAUGACGAAUCAGUCAGAUACAGACAAUUUUCCUGACUCCAAGGACUCACCAGGGGACGUCCAGAGAAGUAAACUCUCUCCUGUCUUGGACGGGGUCUCUGAGCUUCGUCACAGUUUCGAUGGCUCUGCAGCAGAUCGCUACCUCCUCUCUCAGUCCAGCCAGCCCCAGUCUGCGGCCACUGCUCCCAGUGCCAUGUUCCCGUACCCCGGCCAGCACGGACCGGCGCACCCCGCCUUCUCCAUCGGCAGCCCCAGCCGCUACAUGGCCCACCACCCGGUCAUCACCAACGGAGCCUACAACAGUCUCCUGUCCAACUCGUCACCGCAGGGCUACCCUGCGGCCGGCUACCCCUACCCACAGCAGUACGGUCACUCCUACCAAGGCGCCCCGUUCUACCAGUUCUCCUCGGCGCAGCCCGGGCUGGUGCCCGGCAAAGCGCAGGUGUACCUGUGCAACAGGCCCCUUUGGCUGAAAUUCCACCGGCACCAAACGGAGAUGAUCAUCACCAAACAGGGAAGGCGCAUGUUUCCUUUUUUAAGUUUUAACAUAUCUGGUCUCGAUCCCACGGCUCAUUACAAUAUUUUUGUGGAUGUGAUUUUGGCGGAUCCCAAUCACUGGAGAUUUCAAGGAGGCAAAUGGGUUCCUUGCGGCAAAGCGGACACCAAUGUGCAAGGAAACCGAGUCUAUAUGCAUCCGGAUUCCCCCAACACGGGGGCUCACUGGAUGCGCCAAGAAAUCUCUUUUGGAAAAUUAAAACUUACUAACAACAAAGGAGCUUCCAACAACAACGGGCAGAUGGUGGUCUUACAAUCCUUGCACAAGUACCAGCCCCGCCUGCACGUGGUGGAAGUGAACGAGGACGGCACGGAGGACACCAGUCAGCCCGGCCGUGUGCAGACAUUCACCUUCCCCGAGACACAGUUCAUCGCGGUCACCGCCUAUCAGAACACCGAUAUUACACAGCUGAAAAUAGACCAUAACCCUUUUGCAAAAGGAUUUCGAGAUAAUUAUGACACGCUCUCCUACGCGGCGGCGGGCGUCAAGGCGCUGCCGCUGCAGGCGGCCGGCUGCACGGGCCGCCCGCUCGGCUACUACGCCGACCCGUCGGGCUGGGGCGCGCGCAGCCCCCCGCAGUACUGCGGCGCCAAGUCGGGCUCGGUGCUGCCCUGCUGGCCCAACAGCGCCGCGGCCGCCGCGCGCAUGGCCGGCGCCAACCCCUACCUGGGCGAGGAGGCCGAGGGCCUGGCGGCCGAGCGCUCCCCGCUGCCGCCCGGCGCCGCCGCCGAGGACGCCAAGCCCAAGGACCUGUCCGACUCCAGCUGGAUCGAGACCCCCUCGUCCAUCAAGUCCAUCGACUCGAGCGACUCGGGGAUUUACGAGCAGGCCAAGCGGAGGCGGAUCUCGCCCGCCGACACGCCCGUGUCGGAGAGCUCGUCCCCUCUCAAGAGCGAGGUGCUGGCGCAGCGGGACUGCGAGAAGAACUGCGCCAAGGACCUCGGGGGCUACUACGGCUUCUACUCGCACAGCUAGGCCGCCCCGCCGGCCCGCACCCCGGCAGCGCUCCCGGCCCUUCCCAGCAACUCCUGCCCUGACCCCACCGUCCACACCUCCUCCCUUCCUUUGACCCGCCAGCACCGUCGGCAGCGAAUAAAUGCAGGUCUCCGAAUAAA